AUGGCUGGCACUCUGACACUCCUCUUCUCGAGAGGCGGCCGUGUUUUCGAAGCUCUCCGGCGGCCGGACGUCCCGGCACUCCGCCAACGCGACCACUUCACGAGUCCUAGGUCCUUGAGAAGGUUUAGGUUCCCUACGAUCGUCCUCAGGAUGGCGGCAUACGGCUCGGGUGGCGGCGAUGUUGAUCGGUUCGAGCUCUCUCCUUCGAGUGUCAUCAAGAUGAGGAAGGGGGACAUCACGGCGUGGUUCGUCGACGGAUCGACGGAUGCGAUUGUGAGCUUUGAAAACACAUCGUCUUCGUUAUGCCAUUUCGUUUUAAAAUCUUUUGACCGAGUGCUGUACGUGACGAGCGCGUUGCAGUUUUUAAUCUCCGACGGUGAUUUACCUUGGGGGGACGUGGUGUUAUUAUCUCUCUUAUCUACCUUACUGAUAUAUCUCAAGGCUGGCAUAUUUGGUGAUGGCUUCCUCGCCGCUUACAUCGGUAUCCUCUUAGGUAUAUAGAAAUAUUUUCAUUCGCUGAUCCCAAUCUGAUCAAGCUGAUUUCAAUCGAGCUUGAUGUUCAGGUAACAAUAUUUGCUUGGCUAGGGACCAUUCUGAUGGCUAUUCCAAAUUUUGAAUUCCUUGAUCCGAGGAGUCUGUUCGAAAUUUUAGGUGAAGUAUUCGAUCGAUAUCAUAACUAAACUGUGUACAUGUCUGCUGUCACUUAUGUUAGAUUCAAGGGCCUUUUUGUUCAUUUAAAGGGCCAAUCACUUCAUUUUCUUUUAUAUUCAUCAAUACAUAUUCAUGUGUGUUUGUGUUCAUAAUGCUUCCUUCUCCAUUUACCUAAUCCCCCAUUUAUUGAUAUUAGAUCAUUUUAGUGGCAAUCCUUUUACUUUCCAUCCAUCUAUCGUAUCAAUUCCCCCUCAUUUUAACACAUCAAUGGCCCGCACUAGACUUCACUUUCCUGAUAAAUCCCACGAUGAUAUUACCAUUAUCAGUAUAGUAUUUACUUAUCUGAUAGAAAAAAAAUAUACUUCUUGUGAAGAAGUGCAGAUCCUCCGUAAAGGCGUUUAGAUGCUGUCAAAUUAUUGUCUGGACUCUGUAUUAUUAUGGCUUUAUAAUGAUGAAUAGUAAUCAUGCGUUUCUGUAAUGAUCUCAGGUGAACGCAGCUAACGAGCGUAUGCUCGGAGGGGGUGGCGUAGAUGGAGGUAAAUUUACCAUCUAGUUUUAUUUUCUCUGAGAUGAUGAAUGCGACUUCAUCUUGCCCUUAUUAACAUCUGUUCCAGCCAUACAUAGAGCCGCUGGCCCUGAACUUCUAGCUGCAUGUUGUCAAGUGCCUGAGGUCAGACCUGGAGUCCGAUGUCCUACUGGCCAAGCAAGGAUAACCCCGUACGCCUUUCCACUGAGCUUUAUAUUACCUGUGUGCAUUUCUAUGCCUGCAUCUCAUCUUGGGGUUUAAACUUAUCCUCAAACGUCCAUAAUGUGCAGGGCCUUUAGAUUGCCUGCGUCUCGUGUAAUUCACACCGUGGGGCCCAUCUAUGAUACCGACAGUCAGCCUAAGGUAUCUCUUAGAAGCGCAUACAGGUCAGUCUCUUACCUUUGAUAGCGUUUUAGAGAACCACGGGGCCUGUAAAGCUUGUGUCCCAACCUCUUUUGCAUUCUUUCUGCGUGGCUUGUGGACCAUAUGUUUAGUAACCUGCCCCUAUUGCGUGCAGAAGCUGCUUGAGCCUUGCUAAAGAAAAUGGGAUCCAGUACAUUGCUUUUCCUGCGAUAUCCUGUGGUGUUUAUGGGUACGUUUGAUCAGUUCGUGGGGCAAGAGAAAGAGAGAGAGAGAGAGAGAGAGAGAGAGAGAGAGAGAGAGAAAGAGAGAGGAAUGUCCGUCUCUGAGGACUUUUAACAGAAAGUUGUCUCUUCUGCAGCUACCCUUACAAGGAGGCCUCCCAGAUUUCCAUAUCUGAGGUCAAGAAUUUCUCGAAUGACUUCAGAGAGGUAAUACUCUGCUGGAAUUAUGGUUUUGAAAAAAAUAUUAUCUACAACGCAGACUUUCUUCUGUUCUUCAAGAUUUUCCAUGUCUAAUACCUCACUUGUUUGCCGGGGGCUGCCUUCUUCCUGUUGAGAAAUUACUCACUCCAUCAUGAGAUCCGACCCUACUAGUGGCCGUCGUUCUUUAGGUAUGAUCGUGACUGUUCGACCCCAUCCCAUCAAUGGCCCACCUUCCUCUUUUCGCCUCCCAUUCAAUUCCUUACCACCCAAAUCUCCAGCACCUUUGCUGCAUCUCUCGACUGCUACCUUCUCUUGAACAGACAUCACAUGAUUCAAACCACAGAGCUGUUCAAGACAUGAUUGUGAUUGGUACUCAGAUGGUAAUUCUGCAAACUAGAGAUCGAUUAACUCUUCAAGAGGCCUCAUCACCGGUUGGAGGUCUUCCAUUCUGCAAAUAAUUACACACUGUUCAUCUCCUCUGCUGUGUUUUGCUAAAGUUUUUUUUUUUUUUUUUCUGAUUGCACCAUAUGAAAUUGAUGUGACAUCUCUCUCGCAGGUUCAUUUUGUUCUGUUCUCAGAUGAGAUCCACAAGACGUGGAUUGAGACUGCCCAUGAACUGCUGCCGUAA